AGCAUGGUGAGCAAGUCCGCUCCUGCAGUGGAACGAUCAGGACUGACGAGUGUGAAGCAGUCUUCUGCUUCUGCAGCUGCUGUAGUGCAAGAUAAAGCACGUGCUGUUGCGGGCUCUUCAUUUUCUUCAUCGUCGCCAGCAGCAGUCAAUAUGAAGCAGCAAUCUUUUUCAUCAACACUUGCUGUGCAAGGAGGAAAAAGAGUGACACCCGGAAGCAGUCCCAGCAAAAGAAAAUCCAAUGUCGAACAACAAGGGGUCUUCGACCUCGAUGCUCUACUAAGUGGCGAACUCGCACGCUCUCCGGAAGCCGUGUUUCGACGGUGCUUGGGACGACGCAGCGGCUAUCAUGAGAGAAUCCAAGCGCAAGUAUUCCUCUCGGGUCCUCUCGCGGGUGAGGGGCCUCCACAGCCUACAGGAUUGUACGUCCUAGAGGGGAAGGCUUUUAGAGAUUCAUCCCCUAAAGAGCAAGAGACACUUCCAGUCAAGCAUGAUGAAGCUACGGGUUCACAUUGCAUGGACCAGCUGUUUGCGUGGUUGAUGAUUCUACAGGAUCCAGGUCGUGCAGGUCCUUCAGAAUACAAGAUUCCUGCGCAAGCAUACAACAAAAUCCCGAUGAUGUGCGAGCAAAAAAAGUUGUUCAAAUGUCAUCCAGAGACAGGUCGUUUGAUCGAGGCAGAACGUGCGAUCAACAUGUUAUUGGGGGAACGUAAAACGGUCAUAGGGAAAAACAACAUCGACGCAGAUACGGAGUCCCAAAAUAGCAAAGGAGGACAGAAGAAUCAGAAGAAUAGCAAGGAAACUCCGACCUCCGAAGCCUACCAAAAAGCCAUUCGUGACCUAGCAACUGAUGAAGAUUUGAAUACCCGUUUUCCGCUUCCUAUAGACGCGUCUAGGGUCGAGCUUCGUUGGAUCACGCCUCUAGCUAAGCGCGGAGAUGUAGUACUCUAUACAAAUUUUCAUGGCAACGUCUCAGUUAGGGAGGGACCAACCUGCGUUCAGCAUAUCGAUUACGUACCAAAGGAGUUAUUGCGAAGUCUGGUUAGAGAGGAAUUUGGAGUGGGAAUGGGACAUGAAGCUCCUCUAGGAACACAAGGGUCACAAGCAUCACAACCGAAUGGAACCGCUACCCCGACUAAGAAACGGGCUGUAGCUCCUUUUACUCAACUCCGACAUGGUGGUGAGAUAACACCCUUAGAUGCACGCCGGGAAUGGGCAGUGGACCAGCUGUGCAAGGCACUCGUGAGCAACUACGCUCAACACUUUGGGGCCGAGAGCAGUAUAGCAGAUGUAGGCAGCGGCGCGAAUCGGAGCGGGGCUGACGUGGAGAUGGCGUAUUACAGAUUUAAAGCAGGAAAAGGAGGAGGCGGAGGAGGAAAACAAGGAGAAGAACUACCGACUUCAUCGUAUUACAGAUUUAGAGCCGGAGGACUACCGACUUCAUCCACUGCCAAUCUUCCACCCAUGCCAUCAACCGCUAUUGCUGCUUUGAAGGGAGAGAAAGUUCACGACGACGUAUCGUGGUUUUCACAAUUCGAUUCGUGGUUCCACCGACUGCAUCGACAGGGCUACUUAGUUGUCCCAGCCGCUGCGCUAGCAGGGGCUUCUCUACCAGCUUUGAAUUCGUAUUACCGUGAUAUUCUUAACCCUGCAGUGGAAGAAGCCGAGAGGUUGAUCAAUUUCUCCCUGUUGCAGCAUAAUGUGCCGAUGAAGGAGGUAGAGAAAAAGCCUGUCGACAAGGAGAAGCAGGAGCAAAAAUUGUUUGUUCCUCUGUGGCGGAAUGCGGAACAAGCGAAGGCUGCCAAGGAGAAGCCCAGCGACUUGCACUGGAUACCAGACGAGCCAGGUACUGAAGACGAGAAAUUCGCUCUGAUCCGUGCUGCUCUAGACAAGAAAGAAGUUGUUCCUUUGUCUUUUACGAGACUAAGGGACGCACGUUGGAACUACUUCCGGAGCGAGGAAGACCGUCUGGCGCUGUGCGGCAAUAGUAAAGUUUGGUACUUGAAGUUAUGAUGUUGAAAUCGAAAAAGUUGUAAUCACUUGAAAUCGGAAAAUAUGUACUAGGCAGGUUCUUCACGGAACUCGCUCGCGAUACAAAAAAAAACAAGGUAAGGCUUGCUGAAAGCAAAUUGCACUCAGUUACGCCUAGUUGUACACUUAGUGUAUACGUCUCUUUUGACCUCCAGAUAACAUAUACGUCUUCCAGAUCCAGACAAUUUAGUGCUACUACUCCCCUAACACCCCCCUCCGGCGGUGCUCGCUUCGGAAAUGCGCUGCUUAGUCGAGAAAGCGGGAUGGGUCGCAUCGGCAACGUCUACAGAAACCCAGCAUUGCUAAAACUACAAACGUGUACACCGAUUCGUGCCCUGAUGGCGGGUCUUUAUGCGAGGAUGGGCCAACAUGCGCAUCUGCAAGAGUGUCAACGCCAAGGACUACGUAGUACUGCUACUGGUUCUUGGGCGGGAGAUGGUGUCAUUUUUGUGCCAGAAAGGAUACGCAUCAAAUGUCCUUAUGGAAAACUUCGUACGGCAGGAGAGGAGAGUUUCUACACUAAGAACCAUAAGAAAUGGCAUCCAAAUUUGUGUCAUCAAAUGCCGCCACAUGCAGAUAAACACUUGCGAUCGACAUGACUGUUGUAAAUGUAUCUUGUUAAUAAUAGACCGCUUUUUUUCGAAAUUCUAAAAGAAAGAAUCAC